CGGCGGCCUGUCCAACCUGCUGUACUACUGCGCCCUGCCGCCCUCGCACCCGCCGCAGGGACCCGAGCCCUCCGAGGUCCUGCUCAGGAUCUAUGGCCAGGUGCACGGAGAGGACGGCCUGGAGUCGGUGCUGGCGGAGAGCGUCAUCUUCGCGCUGCUGUCAGAGCGGCGCCUCGGACCCCGCCUCUACGGGGUCUUCCCGGGCGGCCGCCUCGAGCAGUACAUUCCGGCACGUUCCCUCUUCACCUCAGAGCUAGCAGACCCCAACCUGUCUGCUAUUAUCUCCACCAAAAUGGCCCGUGUUCAUGCCCUCAAUGUGCCUAUCAGCAAAGAACCCUCUUGGAUUUGGAACACCAUGGAUAAGUGGUUGAAGUCAAGUCAAGAUUUUCUAAACAACAGAUCAUUGAGUGACAGAGAAGAUGCUCAGAAAAUUGCAAAACUGCAACUGUUUAACUUCCAAAAAGAAAUGGAAUUCUUGCGCAAAGUUGUAGGAAAGGUUCAGUCUCCAGUGGUAUUCGCACAUAACGACAUGCAAGAAGGUAAUAUCUUGCUCAAUACCCAUGCCAAGACGAGAGAUGAUCAAGUGUGCCUGAUUGACUUUGAGUAUUGCUCAUAUAAUUACCGUGGUUUUGACGUGGCCAAUCACUUCUGUGAGUGGGUCUAUGAAUACAAACUCCCAGUUGAUCCAUACUUCACUGUGGCUCGAGAAAACUAUCCCGGAAAGGACAAACAGUUAUUCUUCAUAAGAUCAUAUUUGGAGGCAUAUGAAGCUGCAAGGAGACGAAAGGUUGUACAGCCCACAAAUGCCAUUGAGGAUUCACACCCAAUCUCCUCAGUGAGUGUCCUCAGCCAGAACAACAGAAUGAUGAGCAACAUGGCGGCGCCUCCCCACCCGGCCGAGGACAAGCUCCUUGCUGAGGUUCAGGUGUUCACACUGGUGUCGCACCUUUUCUGGACCCUCUGGUCCAUUGUCCAGAGCCAGGUCUCCACCAUUCCUUUUGGAUAUACUGAUUAUGCUAUUGUUAGAAUGGAGCACUACUUAGAGGACAAAGCAAACCUAAACGUGGACAUCAUCAACAAACGCAAAUCAGAAGCAAUGUGUGAAGAUGAAUAAAAAACAGAUAGAAGGAAAUAAAGGAAGAAAAACAAAAAGAUCAUCUUGAAAAUAUCUUCUGCGUGAUAUUGUGCAAUCUAUUUUGUACAACAUGGCUGGUGCUGUGCCCUCUUAGCAUGUAAGGAUGUGAUCUCUCAAAGUGGUAAUACACUGCACACAUGAUACAUUAUAUAUGAUAUAUUAGUACACGACAUAUAAAUCAAUUCAUAGUACACAGCAUACAGAUUAAGAAAUUCUUGUCUUAUAUAAUGCAUUAAUACAUCAGACAAUAUAUUGAUAUGUUACAUUAAACAUUACAUGAUAAAUUAUCACUGAGAGCAUGUAAAGCUACCCAUCUCAAUUGCAAUGGUGUACCUGAGAUUCUUUGCAGAUCUACUUGUACAAUCAUUUUGUGAUGGAAUAUGCUUGGGUAAUGAAAAAAAUGAAAUUGAGACAGAAAAAGAACAAAAAAGAUGUACACUUGUUACUCGCAGAGCUACACUGUGAACACCAGGUUGGUGCUGUGAUGUAAAUUCUUGCUCUGUGAUGUCUUGUUACAAAUUUGUCUUGGGAUUAAGUUUCAAGUAAAAAGUUGCUCUUCUUGUAUAUAAUGUGUAAAAUGUACAAUCUGUUUUUUAUAACUUUGUUGGAAAGGUGUUGGUAUUUGGUAACAACUUGCACACUUCCUCAUGGCUGAAGGAAGGCAACAUAACUGAGUGCAGUCAGUGCUAUUUAUAAGGUGGUUUUUGCCUAAUAUAAGCAGCUUUCUGAAUACAGUAUUGAUGGUGACAUAUAGUACAUUUUUACUGAUGGAGCAGCAGUGUGUCCUUUGGGAUGCAUUGUCAAUUUUGCCAGGUUAAUGAGAGUAUUGUAUUCAGUUGUAAAUAUUGUUUAAGGAUUUCUAACAAACUGUAGAUUUACUGUAAGUUCUUAAAUACGAGUUGAAUGACUCUUCCAUUUACAAGGGAUCAUAAAUUCUUUUUAGUUUUGAAAAAAAAUGUAUUUCUCAGAUUUAUCUUAUGAAUGAAAUUCUUUUUAGACCUAUGCUUCUGAGAGGUUGGUAAUUUUUUGACCCAAUGUUUUCAUUUCAGAUGUUUUUCAAAAAAUUAAAAAAAAUAUUUGUUUUGAAGUGUCUUUGCUCACACAUCAUUUAGACAUUUUUGUUACAAGUGUUGAUGAAAUUGUUUUGGGAUAUAUAUAUGAUGUAUAUCAUUUACAUGUGUUGUCAUUAGUAGAACUGUACAAUGGAUAUAUGAAUUUCAAGUUAUUUUUAUAUUUGAUAAAAUGUGAUUUUAUGUCAUUGUGCUAUAAGAACAUUUUUUUUGUAAUUGUUGUGAUAAUGAAUGUUAUGCUUCAAACUUUUUAAAUAAAGUAUCUUGCAGAUUUAAUUUGUAUACUGUGUUUACAUGUUCAAGAUUAAGGAUUAUCUAAUACACAAUAAAGCUCAUUGAAAUGUUGCACAUGAAAAUAAUUCAUUUUGAAAUAUUACAAUAUAUCUUGUGAUGGAUUGAAAUACCAGUGAUGCAUAUACGUCUCUGUCUUUCUAGUAAACAUAAUAUUGCCUGAAAAUUUGAGAUGAGAAAAAAAGGAAUAAUAAUUGGCCAGAGUAUUUCAAGGUCUGUAGGGCUACAUAUGGAACUACCAUAUGAUAUGAAAGUGAUGUUGUGUUCCUGGACUUCAAUCCAGUACACUUAACUAGCCUGGUGAUGUUGGUUCUAUUGUAUUACAAAACAGAGCCUUCUCUAUGUACGAUUUUGCACUUGUGUAGAGAAGGUUUAUUUUUUCAGAAAUGGUUAUUUUUCAUAGCUUCCAAGGAGAAAAAAAAGAUAUGGAGAGUGAAAAAAAGAGGGAAAAAAGUUUUUGUAAAUCUGUCCAUUUGAUUUAGAAUACAGAAUGUAUCAUUUUGAUAAGUGGAAGAGAAGGGGAGUUUUAAAUGUAUUUAUUUAUUUUAUUUUUUUAUUGUUAUCAAGUCAAUUAUGCUACACAUAACAGUAAAUUUUGAACAUUUUACAUGGAGGAAUGUGGGAUUAGUCAUCACUAUUUUUAUAAAAAAAAAAAAAAAAAGAAAAAAAGAAAAAAAAAAA